GCUGUGCGAGGUCAAGUCGAAGGCACCCGCCCGCCACUGUCCGCGCAGAGUCUGGCCCCCCGUGGACUCCCAGACGAUGAGAACGCACCAGAAGGUGCUCGUGAGGCUCGUUCUUUCAUUGGGUGCCGCUUUUAUUGUAUUAAUUUUUUUAUUUUUUUAUUUGUAUUCAUACAAAGUUUUACCAGUGUCCUCGGCUGAUCCGCGCUCAGCAUGUGAGGAAGGCUGGCUCCCUUUCGGCUCCAGUUGUUACAAGAAGAUGGCAACCCCCAACGGUUGGCUGGGGGCUCGGCACGAGUGCGUCUGGGAGGGCGGCGACCUGGUCUCGGUCGCCUCGUCGGAUGAGGAAGCCUUUGUGAAGAAGCAAAUGGGCGAUGACCCCUUCUGGAUCGGACUUUCCAAUCUGAAAUACGAGUUCUGGAGUCCGUAUGACACGGUGAAAAAAAAGCUGACUUGGUCAGAUGUUGGCGUGACGACAAACUACUCCAACUGGGACUCACGUCAGGCUGGAAGCUCCGACGUAGAGUCCUGUGCGUACAUCAACCAAGGCGCGUACAGUCAGUCAGGAAAGUGGCGACAUGGCUCGUGCGGAUCCUCGUUGCCGUACAUGUGCGAGCGCUCGUCGGAUGACUGCCCGGAGGGUCGGUCGUGUUCCUCCAAAAACUUGGGUUACAAUCGAGUGGAAACUUCCUCCUGCGACCCCGGCGACUUCCUGUACGAUGACUCUUGCUAUCACUUUGAGGGGAGAAUGAUGACUUGGCAGCCCGCCGAGAACUUCUGCAAGGGACGGAAUGGCCACCUGGCCAGCGUCCACUCAGAGGACCAAGCCAAACGCUUGGCUGCUCACGUGAGAAACGUAACUCAUCAUUCAUGGUUGGGACUCCAGAAGAAGAACGGCACGUUUGAGUAUUCUGACGGAACAGCUACCGCCGGCACCCCAUGGGUGCCCAACGGACCUACAAACUCUUACAACUGUGCAGCUCUGAGGCCAGAAGGAAGAGUUGAUGACUGCUCUUGCACCGAAAUGUAUGGAGCCAUCUGCAAAAAAGCCAAGUUCCAACAGGUUCUUACUGCUCAUCUGCCGUCAAUAUUCAGGCCAGGCUGGAGCGAAAAGUGUGGCUGGUGGCUGGACAACCCUUCCGACGACUUCUGCUACCUGAUCAACCGCCAGUCCCGCAAGACCUGGCAGGAGGCGCGAGACGACUGCGUCGGCCACGGAGGCGACCUGCUCAGCAUCUCUCACUCGUAUGAAGAGAACUUCAUAGAAGGUUUAUACGCCCUUCAUCUGACCAUUCCCUCUCUAUGGUUGGGCGCCAAUGCCAAUAUCACUGAAGGCAGCAAGUGGACUGAUAGAUCCCCGUUUACUUACAAAAACCUGAAAACAGGUGACGCCAGUGACGCCACUGGCGGACGCUGCCCUUCCUUGCUCACUAUUGACGUCAGCUUGAAAUUUGACAAUUGCAAGAAAAAAAGCAGCUACAUCUGCAAGAGAAGAGGAAAAGUCAAUCAGAAGUUAUGUGAUAGGACCAAGGGCUGGCUCCCUUUGGGCUUCAGUUGCUACAAGAAAAUGGCGACUCCCAACGGUUGGCUGGGGGCUCGGCACGACUGCGUCUGGGAGGGCGGCGACCUGGUCUCGUUCACCUCAUCGAACGAGGAAGCCUUUGUGAAGAAGCAAAUGGGCGACGACCCCUUCUGGAUCGGACUAUCCAAUCUGAAAUGCGAUGAGGCAUGGUGUUGGUAUGACGAGGGGCAAAAGAACCUGACUUGGUCCAAUGCCAACGUGAUGGCAAGCUACUCUAACUGGGACUUGCGUCAGGUUGGAAGGUCCGACGUAGAGUCUUGCGCAUAUGUCAACCAAGGCGUGUGGAACGAGAGUCAGCCAGGAAAGUGGCGACACGGCUCGUGCAGAUCCUCGUUGGCGUUCAUGUGCAAGCGCCCACUGAACGACUGCACGGAGGGCUGGCCGUGUUCCUUAAAAGACUUCGUUUACGAUCGAUUGGAGACUUCCUCCUGCCACCCUGGCGAAUUCCUGUUCGACGAUUCUUGCUAUCAUUUUGAGGGGAAGAAGAUGGUGCAGUGGGCCGCCGAGAGGUUUUGCAAAGGACGUAAAGGUCACCUGGCCAGCGUCCUCGCAGCGGAUGAAGGCAAUUUCUUGGCAGCUCACAUCCGAGACGUAGGAGGAUCUCGGCCUUUUGUGGGACUGAGGAAGAAAAAACCCAACUAUGAGUGGAUUGACAAACACACUACGGACUACGUCACGCAGUUGAUGGGAAAAAAUUCGACAGUAUUCGAUGAGUGCUUUGCUCUGUCAGCUUCUGGAGAAUUUGAUGAGUGGUCAUGCGCUCAAGAGCAGCCAUCUAUCUGCAAAAAAGACAAGGUCCGAGAGGGUCUUCCUUUUCUGCCGUCAUCAACAUGGAAACCAGGCUGGAGCGAAAAGUGCGGCUGGUGGCUGAACAACCCGUCCAACGACUUCUGCUACCUGAUCAACCGCAAGUUCCGCAAGACCUGGCAGAAGGCGCGAGACGACUGCAUCAGCCUCGGAGGCGACCUGCUCAGCAUCACCCACUCAAGUGAAGAAUACUUCAUACAAGGUCUGUACGCUUUUCCGCUGACCAGUCCCUCUCUGUGGUUGGGCGCCAAUACCAAUACCAAUACUACAAACGGCAUCAAGUGGAUUGACGGAUCAAUGUCCACUUACAAAAACCUGAAAACAGGCAUUGCCAGAGAAGGCCCCGGUGGAAGCUGCCUUUCCUUGCUCACUACAGAGGGCCGCUGGAAAUUUGACGAUUGCGAAGAAGAAAGCUGCUACAUCUGCAAGAGAAUAGGAAAAGGCACGAUUUGAUAUUCGUCCGAUUCUUAGAGUUGUGUCAUCAGAUGUGAAGUAUUAAGGAAGGCUUCUUCUGAAGUCCCACAAUAGCAGUAGGCAGGCAUUUCUUUGUGGGCGUGUCAAUGGUUGGUCCCCCAGUUGACACGAUUGGCAAUAACUAGCUUACUGAAAUUUUAGUUUCUACAAAAUGCUGAUAAGACAGU